AUGGAGUGCCUCCACACCUGUACGCCCCAACCUUGCCUCCCGCCCGCUCCCACCCACGCCGCUCACCUGCUUCCGCGCACGCCGCAAUCCCUGGCGGCGUUUCAUCGCGGCCCCUCUGCCUGGCUUUCCCAUGCUCACUCCCCCUUCCUCCCUCGCCCGCACCCCGCUGCGCAAGGCGAUCCGCCAGCACCACCUCCGUGCACUCACCCGUCACACGUUUCCGUUCCACCCCUGCCCUUGCUGCAAACCACACCCCUUACCCCUGCCUCGCUUCCCCUCUCUUCCCCUGUUCUCCCUUCCAACCCAAACCCCCUUCUGAUUUCCCACCCCGCCCACCUCCUCCCGCCCACCUCCGCCCCCCCACCUCCCACCGCCGCCCCCCCACCGCCUGGCGCGCGCAUGGUGUGCGAGGGGUUGGCAGUCUGCCGCGAGUGCAUAGAGGGCGCGCUGGAGGACGGCAGGGAUAACUGCUGCCCCGAAUGCCGCGUCAGCCUCGGCCACCAACCCCUGCACACCCUCAGGUACGACCGGCAGCUGGCGGACAUUGAGGAGCGCAUCUUUCCAGAAGUUGCUGUGUACUGCCAGCAGCAGAGGCUGCGAGAACAGGCGGAGGAGGAGGAGGAGGAGGAGGAGGAGGAGGAGGAGAGGGAGAAGGGCGAGAAAGAGCGGCAUGUGGAUGAGGGGGCCGAGGUGGCGGACAUGGCUGGGCACGCGGAGGAUGGGGGGGCGGAGGGGGGCGCACAGCAGCAGCAGGGGUGGGUGGCAACGGUAGCAGCAGGGGGUGGAGAGGUUUGCAGGCGGGGAGAAGGGGCGAGGCGGCAGAUGCAGGGCAAGGACCACGGGGGCGCUGGCGUACGGCAUGCAGCAGUGGGGAAGCACGCACUGCCCACUGGUGCGGCCCUCCAACUUCCACUCAUGCUACAACUGCUGAACCAGCUGCACCACCUGCACAGACAGUGCGGUGAUGUCAUAGAGCAGGCGGGUGGAGCGGGGGUGACGAUAAAUAGGGGGCUAAUUCAUGGGGAGCACGGAGGCAGGGCAACGGCAGGAGGCCAGGGCGAGCAGCAGGAGCACAUGGCGGCACCAGCUGUGGCGUCGUGGGGCGUGGGCAGGUUGAGCAGCAGGGGGAGUGGGGAUGGCGAAGACGGGCGUCAGCAGUUGGUGGGGGAAGUGGCACAAGGGGCAGGCGGGGAAAAUGCGUGUGGAGGGGUGCAGACUGAUGGGUGGGAAAGAGCACUGACAGACACGGUGCAGGGCGAGGUAGUGGAGGAGGGAGGGGGGGCGCUGGUGCGUGCGUGGAGGCAUAUAGAGAGAGAGCAGCAGGCGGUGAUGCAGCGGCUAAUGGCGGCUGUGCUUGGUGUGCAGGGGGCAGUGAUGAGCGGCACACACGGCAAUGGUGGCAGUGGCGCAGGGGGAGCAGUGGAGUCGGGGGGUGGUGGGAGGACUCAUGGCUGUGAUAGUCGAGAGGAAACGACGAGAGGGGUGGGGGAGGAGGUGUGGAGGAGAGGCGAGCAGAGAGUGGGCGCUGGAGGGGUUGAGAGGCAAAGGACGGAGGGUGGUAAGGUUGGGAAGUUGCGGGGGGGAAGGGGAGGCAGUGGGGGUGAUGCGGGGCAAGGGACGCAUGUGGGUGACGCUGCAGGUGAUUGGGCAGGUGAGUGGCAGCGGGAAGGAGCGGGUGCAGGCGAUGCAGUGAGGGGCGAUGGUGGGUCACGGUGGCGGCGGGGGGAAGAAGAGUGUGAGGGGACGAGUAGAGAUGGAUUGGGAGAUGGUGAGAGGCGAGAUGGUGGUGAGGGAAGUGGCAGCGAGGCGGAGAGGCGAGACGGGGGAGCGGGGGUGGCGGGGGAGGUGCAGUCACCAGGAAGAGAAGUUGAGAUGGGUGCGGCAAGUGCAGGCAGAGACGCGCGUGAGAGGGAGGAAGCAGGGGCGGGGCGAAGCAGUCAUGCAGGGAUGAGCACAGCAGAGGGGGAGGCGCAUGGGGUUGCAGGGGGUAUGGCGGGCGGCAGCUGUGUGUUUGUGUGCAGUGCGGACGCAGAGGAGAGAGGGGCAGCAGGAGGAGAAGGUGGAGGGAAGGCGCGGAGCAGUGGCGCAGGGAAGAGGGCGAGCGAGGAGGAGGGCAGGGCAGCAGGGCAGAGCACCGGCAAUGGCAGGCAGGGCAGGGGCAAGCGGCGGCGGGUGGCGCAGGCAGGGGGGCAGUGGGACGGGGACGUGGAGGGGCGGGGUGUGGGAAGAGAGGGGGAGUGUGGCAUGGGCGAUGUGGUGGCGGGGGGGCUGCUGCAGGGCGAGAUGCAGGCGCGGUGGGCGGAUGAUGCCCGCCUGGGAGGGGCAGACGGAGAGGACGAGGAGGUGCAGGGCAGUGAGAGGGGCGUGUGUGGCAUGAGAGGAGACCUGCCAGCGGACAGCAGCGGUGAGGAGACAGCGCAGGGCAAGGGUGACAACGAGGGUUGUCAAGGAGGGGGAGAAGGGAAUGGGGGGACGUGGCGUGUUGGGGCCAGCGAGGUGCUGGUAAGGGGCAUGAGGACUGGCGGAGGGCAAGGCGACGACGUGCGAGGGAGAGACGCAGACAGGAGCAUGUCAGUGGGUGGGCAUGUGGAGAGACGGGUGAAGGCAGAGGAAGUGGGGCAGGAGGGGCAGCGGGUGGGGCAGGACAUGCAGGUGCAGAUGGAGGGGGAGGGUGUGACGCCUGUGGCGGGCGACGCUGUAGUAGCAGGCGCGGGCAGCGGUGGGGAGGAGGGCGAGGGUGCGGUGCAUGAGGUGGGUCGGAGUGGCGGGGUGGCGGGUGGCGACGAUGCGGUAGAGAUGCAUGCAGGGCGGUGCAUGGCGGCAGCAGGCAGGUGCACGGCGCAGGUGGAGCAUGCAGCACAGGGGCGUGGUGACGAGGGCAUCGCAAGGUGGGCAAGCACGGCGGUUGCAGCAGUGGCAGUAGAGAUGGCGGGCGCUGGUGAGCGUGUGAACGGGCGGGCAGAUGGGGUGGUGAGUGGCAGUGGCGAGGAGGCAGGGGCGCAGGCGGUGGGUGCGAUGCGUGUUGCGUGUGACGGUGUGGUGGCAGUGGCGGUGCGAGUAGAUGGUGAGAGUGGGGGGGGAAGAGGAGGGCAUGCAUGUGGGGAGAACGCACGUGGCGGGGCAAGCAUGGAGGCAGCAUGUGAGGAUGGCCAUGUAGAGGAUGGGAGAGAGAGCAGGCGGUGUGAGAGUGCGGUGGUGCAGGGCAUGUCGUGUGCUUCUCAGCAUGCAGAGGGGGCGAAUGAGAACACGUUGCAGCAGAACCAGGGAGGGCACACGCAAGCUGGGGAACACAGUAAGGAGGCGUGCGGGGCAACAGGAGGCAGUGGUGGGAGGGGUGGAAGAGACGCAGUGGAAACCUCAGGGGGGAGCGCUGGUGAUGGUGAGGGGCUUGACAGGCGGGAUGCCACACAGGUGCAGCAGCGUGAGGCAGGCGGGGUGGCAGCUGGUGACACCGGGGAGCAAACGAUAGAGAGUCGGGGGAAAGUGGGCAAGCAGGAGGUAGACGAGGUGGUGGGAGGGCAGGGUAGGCUGGUGGAGGAGGGACAUCAGUGUACGGAGGAUGUGGUUAAGGUAAAAGGAAAGGGGAGUAGACAAGGGGAUAGGAAGGAGAAAGUGGAGACGCGCAGCAGCAGUGAGGAGUGCAUGGGUGUGCUGGCAUGUGAUGCGGGUGGCAGGGGAGAGCAGGAUGAGGCACAUGGGCGGAGGGCAGAGACGAGCACGGGCGGGUUGGUGGCUGGCAUGUUGAAUGGGGUUGUCACGGAUGCCACUGCCAUGCCACACGCACCUUCACUCCCCCCUUCUGCUCCAUCUGCUCCUGCUGCUCCCUCUCUUGCUGCUCCUGCUACUUCUGCUCCUGCGCCUUCCUCCGCCCCUGCUCUGUGUGUCAUUCCCCCUGCACUGGCCAGUCCCGCCUCCACCUCUGCGCCUUCCACCGCCCUGGAUCACAGUGCGUGUGGCGUUGCUGCUGGGCCCCUGGAUGCUGCGUCUCUAAGUGCGUGCUGUGCUGCGGAAGGCGCUGCUGCUGUGCGGAGGGGCGAUGGGGGCUGCUACGAUGAUGUUGCUGGGCUCAAGGCGACGCAGCACCCAGAGGAAGAAGAAGAGGAGCAAGGGAAUGGCGGAACGGCCAUGUCAGCAGAGCCCACUCCACCUGAAUCCUCUCACACUCACCCUCAUGUCACCACUCCCCUCCCUCUCCACUCCUCCUUUUCACCUGCUCUUUCUCCUGCUGAACCUGCUCCACCCCCUCCUUCUGACCCUACCCCACCCACCCCUAUCCCUGCCCCUACCCCUGCACCUACCCCUGCCCCUAACCCUGCCCCUACCCUUGCCCCUGCCCCUGCUCCUGCCCCUGCCCCUGCCCCUGCCCCUGCCCCUACCCCUGCCCCUGCCCCUGCUCCUGCCCCUGCCCCUGCCCCUGCCCCUGCCCCUGCCCCUGCUCCUGCCCCUGCCGCUGCCCCUGCCCCUGCUCCUGCCCCUGCCCCUGCCCCUGCCCCUGCCCCUGCUCCUGCCCCUGCCCCUGCCCCUGCCCCUGCCCCUGCUCCUGCCCCUGCCCCUGCCCCUGCCCCUGCCCCUGCCCCUGUACCCGCUGUGCCGGGCACACCUCUCUCCCCAGGUGCAGGGGGGCAGCAGGCCAUGCAGGCAAGGGAAGAGGUGGCAAAAGGUGGUGCAGGAGGGUCAAGUGCGGAGGCGGGAGGGGGAGGAGUUGAGGGCAUUGGGGUGCGCACUACUGGCCUUGAUGCCGUGCUGGGACUCGCUCAUCGCUCCCAGUAG